AUGAAUGACCGCUCAAAGCUAGAAGACAGCCUUAAAGUCAUCUUACAACAACUCAAAUCUUUCAGCCCUACCAUCCCAAGUGACUCGAUUUUCGCUGAAUUGAGGGACUCAAUCAAUUACGUGGUUCUUCAGUCUAAAAAAUGUUUAAAAUUCACGGAUAGCAGUCUUGUGAAAUGCAAACGAGAAAUUUCAACCCCAUGCUCAGACAUCGAUACUCCACAUAUCCCAAAGGACUUUUGUUCUUUAUGCCUCCCUUAUGACCAUUUUUAUACAGGUCUUUUACCCGAUGAUCCCAAUGGAAAAGACAUUCAAAAAUUACAAGACGGAGAAAUAGAUGAAAUUGUAUUUAAGCUAAAGCAAAAUGAAUUAACCAGGAAUUUUGUGAGAAGUGGAAAGAAAACCAGUCUUCACUAUGCGGCUUAUUGGGGCUCACAGACAUGUGUUCAAACAUUGAUACUACAGGGCUCUGAUCUUACUGUUCGUGAUGAAUAUGGUCUAACACCAAUUAUAUGGGCUUGCCAGUCGGACCGAUUAGGAAACCUAGUAAUCUUGUUGAAGGCAGCUAAAAUUCGAAGUGUUCCAGAAAAACAAUGGAUGUAUGAUAGUAGCGGUUAUCAUUUAAUACACCAUACUUUAUUGAAAGAUGAUCGUUUGAAAUGUUUAGAAUAUUUAUCAAACAGUGAGUAUGGAUUAAACGUUGAUUCAGAAGGUCAAAAUGCACUUCAUCAUGCUGCAAUGAAAGGUUUUCUUAAUGCAUGCAAAAUUAUUCUUCAAUAUAAACCGAAUGCUAUACUGUUGAAUCAGUUCAAUAAUGAGAAUCGUACCCCUUUGCAUUUAGCUACUAUAAAUGGACAUGGAAAUAUUGUUAACUUACUGUUAAGUCAUAAAGGUUUCAUUGUUACUAUCAUGUAUAAUAUUUUUUUAAAUAAUUGUAUCGACAGCUUGUAUAAUUGGACCUUUGCAUCAAAUCCAUAUCUACGUGACAAGAAUAAUUGUUCAUCAUAUCAAUAUGCAAUUAUGAAACGUUUACAUUUCUGUCUAUUAAUUUAUGAACAUUAUAAUGUUGGUAAAGAGAAGCAACAAAAUGAAAAACAUUCAUUAAAUGAAAAUUUAAUCAAUGAAUUAACUAAUUUUCGUCCAGUUAAUCCACAAUUUUCUCAUUAUCAGGAUUUUAAUUUAAAUACAUGUCAAGAUAGUGACAGUCAAACAAAAAGUCCAUCUUCAUCAAUACCAGAUACCAGAUCAGUAGUACUAGGGAAUAACAAACAGACUAAUCAAAGUACUAAACAAGCGCACAACUCCUCUUCAUCGUUAAACGAUUCUAUUAGGAAAAAAAUAGCAAACAAUUUGUCAGUUGAAAGUAACAAUGAUAAUAACAUUGUCAAUAAAGAUAUCCAUCCUACACUAAACCAUGUUUCACCAAGAAUGUCUUUCAAAGGUCAUCUUACUGAAAUUAAAUCUAUAAGUAAUAAAGAUAUACAAAAUCACAAAGUGAAAAAUAAUUUUACAAUUAAACGUCAAUUACUACCAACAGAUAAAAGAGUACAUCGGAUUAACAAUUGCUCAAAAGUACCAUCAAAACGAUUAAGUCAACAAAAUGAUCAAAUUCAAAAUUCAAUGCUAAAGUUAGGAAACCAUAUACAAUCAUCAUCAUCUGAUCAUUCAGAUGUAGAUAGUAAAAGAAACGAUGAACCUAAUGAACGUUUAAUACCUAGACUAUAUAACAAUCAUAGUAUUAGUAAUAAUGGUAACGUUAUCAAUGCAACUUACAAUAAUAGCAAAAUUAAUUCCAAAGAUGUUGAUAAGUUAAAAAAUAGUGAUAGUUCAUCAGUUUCUGAUAUAAAUUCAGUCCCCGAUAACGAGAGAAUCCUAAUGCCUACUCCACGUAAAACAUCAUGUCCAAAUGAAAUAAAUCAAAACAAUUGGAAGUCUGUAUUAUACCAUCCUAGACUUCUUAAACGAGGUCAAGUUAAUAAUAUACCACAAGAGAAUUCUAUAAAUAAUAUUCAUAAAUUAGGUGUAAACAAAUCAAAUGAUCUUGAUACAGAAUAUGAAAAUGAAAUCAUACCAUUAAAUAUGAAAAUAAUGACUAAACAAACAAUGAAUUCAUCUCGUUUAAAUAAAACAUCAUUAUUUAAAAAUUUAUUAACACCAUCUUUGAAUUCUGUUAAAACUAAUAAUAAUAAUAAUAAAUAA